AUGGGUGAGGGAUACCAUUUCUGUGUGCGAACUGAUAUGCCAGAAAGCGGAGCGACUUCAAGUUACGAUUCGUCAGGCGACAGAUUUAUUGCAUUGUACAAAAGUUUCCCAUGCAUUUGGCGUGUCAAGUCCAGGGAGUAUAGUGACAGGAAUAAAGAGGCUUGUGAGAGUUUAGUGAAGAAAUUCAAAGAAAUUCAUGCAACGGCAACUUUGGACUUUGAUAUAUAA